GAGCAACUUUUGGAUGGGGAUUUCAGAGACAGGGAGGUUUCUUCUGUCGAUGGAAGAGCACCGAGGAGAUAAGAGAGAGAAGGAAAAGGGGGAAUGAAGAGUUGAUUGGCUUCAAUGUUGGAUGAAGAGUUGAUUGAAGAUUGACUGGAUCUGGGAGCCAAAGGCGAUAACAGGUGUAUGGAUUGUGGGGCAGCAUGUCGAUGACGGUGUGCGCAAGAGCAGCAAUGGAUGGCGUUGAAAGGGAUGCGGAGAGGUUACUGAAGCAGUGGAAUGCUAUCCUCACUGAAAAAGAUGAGAAAGAGUGCCAAGAGUUGAGGAACAAGUGGUUUUUUGAGAGCUUGCCCUUCUUGGUAGCGCUGCCCGAUGGCAUUCACUGCUGGUGUGGUCAUUAUGAGAUUGCUUGGCCUUCUAUAGAGCCGCUCUUUUACAUGAACAAAAGGAGGGAUGGAGAAACUGUGUCAGUUGUGGAAGAAUUGUGGGCUAGAAUGUCAAAAGAAUUGGCGCACUGUGUACAUUGUGUUAAAAGGCGGCAUGAAGGCCUGCAGGAAUACUUUAACAUCGUGCAGGAUGGUGAAUCUGCUGCUAGACUGUCAAGGAUUAUGGACAGGCUGGAGAUGGAAAGGGUGGCUGGUGUUGUAAAAGACCUUUGGACCCAGAUAGACCAGAGACAGUUCAUGGUUCAGGAGUUUGGGUUUGACAAUCUCGUGACUGUAAUAUAUGAGGUCCUGAGUUACCCGUGGCUUCUAGAUGAUGCAGAGAUUUUUUACGAAUUUGGGAAGGUGCUACAUUACAUUCACGAGGAGUUCUCCCUCGAACUCGCUGACGGUUCCGAAUAUGGGGGACUCUUCUGGCUAUUGUUUCAUAACGAUUCAAAUGUGCGUUUGGAUGCAACCCAUCUCAUUGAAAAGCAUGAGGAACUCAAGACAGCUAAAGACAUGGAGAAGAUCCAGCCUCUCUUGAUGAAAUGCAUGACUAUGCUGGAGAGGAAUCAGUUCAGCGAGGAAGAGGUUGCAAUCAGUCUAAGCUUGAAAGGCCGAGUGAGUUCAGCGGAGGGUCACACUGGUCCUGAAGAAGCCGGCACCAGCGGGAGCCAUGCACAGGCUGAAGAAGAUUCGAUCAGACCAAAAACCACCUUCAAGCGAGUUCAAGUAUGGAAUGGGAUUUACAAAAUAUUGGAUCUUGCAGAGACGCGAGCAUUGGAAGUGGGAAUUGUGGAGCAGUACGUAUCGUUCCUUAGUAUUGUUGUCGAUCAUGUCAGUGAAGCAACAGCUGUUUUGUGGAAUGCACUGAGAUGCCUCAAGAUACUGUUGGAAAAGCUGGUCUCACUCAUGUUUGAUAUUGAUGAGGAGACUCCUGACCCCCGAACCAGGCAGCAAGUGGAAGAGUGGAAACGAGUCUUGAUUGCCCGUUUGGACAAACUGAUGUCUGAACUUCAUGGCGCCGGUGCUGAGAUUGAGGCUCAUGUCCGGAGCCAGUUCGAUUUAAGAGCAUUACAUGAUGCUAUUGAAUCGGCUGAGACUGGCAUCGACGUCAUUCAGGUUCCUGGACUGAACCUGCAAGAUAACCAAGUCUUGUAUAUUUAUUCUCGUGCUCUGCCCGAGCCCAUUCGUGGACAACUCGUGGCAGAGAUCAAGUCAGGCAAGUAUAACUACAGGCAGUUUCGGUACCUUGCUCUCCGACGAGAGCAAAUGAUAUCUCAGGUGAAGAAUUCUUAUGCGUCUGUUGUGAAGAUUGGUGGUGAUGCAGGUGCAGGUGCAGGUAAGCGAAUACUUUGGCGCCAAAAGCGCCAGGACCACACCCUCGCCGUCUUUGACGACGAUACUGUGGAGGAGUGGCCAUUGGAGGCCGAGGGUGUGGCGAGCAGCAGUGAUUUCGAGAAGGGGGAAGUCACUGCUGCCGUGGUCAACAAGGGAGGACCACGACCACCAAUGAAGAAGAAGAAACCACGCUCAUUUCUUGAGCAUCUCGGAAUUGCUAUUCCUCACAGACAAGAACUGGCUCCAGCGAAGAGUGCAAAUGCUGGUGGACAGGAAGGAGGCUUGCUCACUGGCAACCUGAGGCGUCCCCUGUUCAGAAAGGAACAAGCGAUCAGCAUGAAGGAGGCUAAAGAUGCCAACCCAGUCCACUAGAGCAGCGGCGCCAUGUAAAGACCUGAGAAUAGCCUCAUGGAACGUUAAUGGCAUGGCAACACUGUCACAAACCAUGACAAGUGGAAUAACAUCCUCAAACAACUCGACUGGCAGGGACCUCAGGCAUCGUACAUCCUCUGCCUACAAGAAACUCAACUCACAUCAUCACAAGAACACCGACACAUGCAGGUAGAAAUAGUUAGCCAUUUAAGAUGGGUCGCUGACUCAUGCCGGGCCCCCGCGCCCCACCCAGGGACAGCUGGCAUGGCUGUAAUCUGCCACAACAAAUCACAAACAGUCAA